AUUCGGGUAACUGUUUGGGUUGUUCCGAGUCUCUUCCUUUCGAGUUUUCGGAGAUAAAGAUUUCAGUUAUAUUUGGGUAUCUACAAAUUUGAUUCGGUUUAUUUUGGAUCUUCAUAGGUUCUGUUAGAAUCUUUGUGGAUUCGGUAAAGUUUGGGUUCAGAUAACCCUUUUGAAUUGUUUUAAAUAUUUAAUUUUGACUAUUUGUAUAUAUUUUUAAGUAUUUUAGACAAUUUAAAAAUAUUUUAUAUAUUUUGGACAAUUUUAAAAUAUCUUAUAUAUUUUGAAUAAUUGUUUAGAUAUUAAAUCUAAAAAUAGUUAGUUUAUUUAAGUAUAUAAAUCUGAUUAAAAUAUAUUCAGAUAUCCGAAAUGUUACGGUUUGGAUUGGAUUCAGUUACGGUUCUCUUGAUAUUAAAAUUUUAAAUCAGUUCAGAUAUUUAACCAGUUUCAAUUCAGAUUUGAUACUACUUUUUCAUAUUGGAAUCGGUUCAGUUUUUCGGAUUUGAGUUUUUUUUCGAGCCUUAGGUUUCAGUGCAGUUAGAAGAAGAAUUAUUUGGAGUCUUUUAUAUUGAUUAUGUGUUAUCGAAUGAAUAAUAUUAUUGACAAUGCUCUCGCUAUAUACAGAUUACAGAGUAAGGAGUAUACAAAGAUGGUAAGGCAAUAUGCAGAAGUUAAUUACAGGGAAGUAUUACUAUAUCUUAUCAAAUCAUCCUCCUCUCCACAAAUGAUCUUAAAGUUAAAUAUAUAUAUAUAUAUAUAUGUAUAUAGAAUUUUACCAAAAAUAAAAUAAAAUAUAUAUGUAUAUAGAUCUAGCUAGCUAGCUAGCCCCGGCACAUAUAAUUAAAUUAGUUUACGUUUUUUUUUUUUUUUUUUUUUUAAAUUAGUUUACGUUACCAUACUAGAGUAGAGUGUGAAACAAAUUCAGAUUGUUUGUAAAAUAAGAAAAGAAUAAGCUGUCUCAAGAUGUCUAUAUAUGAACGUAUUACUUACUUGUGAGAUUUUUAAAUAGCCUAUUUGUUACACAUUGUCUCCUCUGGUCAACUGUUCAUCGCAUGUACAUCAAUGGGAAUUGGAUGGUGAAAUUCUGUUAAUCGAAUUGGUCAACAUUCUAAUUAAUUAGUUCAUGUCAAGCGGUACUACUAUGGAUAGUAUUAUUUAAACUGAGUACGGUAUCCCGUUCUUAUAUUUUAGUCAUCUUGUUUAUUAAUGUACUGUUCCUUGAAUGUUAGGGGUGAUAAAUAAUAGUGCUACUAGUUCAAAUAAAAGCGUACACAUUUUUGGUACAUAAAUGGAGAAUCUUAUUAUUGGUCUAGGUUCAUGUUCUUAGUGAGGACACUUAGUGAAGACUGACGUCAAUCCUCUUCUUCCAACGGGUCGACCACCUAUUUCCCCGUGAGAACUAUUGUAUAGUGCUAUAUGUCUCUGAAACUAUUAUCUCUAUCUAUUUAUCCCCGAGAAUAAAGUUCCAGUCCUAUUUCCCCCCGAAUAUAUAGUUCGAAACCUAUUUCUCUCCAAUCAUCGAAUUAGACGGUUAACUAUCGGUUUACUGUUUUAACCUAAACCGUAAACCACUUAAAAUUGAUAGUUAACCAACUAAGAUCCAAUUAAGAAGGAUUUAAACCCGAUUAAAGAUCCAGCCUUACUACUCAAAAAAAAAAAAACAAAGCCAACGUAAUAAACGUAAUCCAGAACCCGACCUUUCAGAAAAUCCCCAAAUUUUUUACGAAGAAGAUGAGUUCAAUGGCGUUAGGCUCUGAAGCUGUAGAAAACGCAGAAGAUGAGUUCGACGAAGAAGCUGUGGAGAGAGACGAAUUUGAAAUCGAGCAAUUGGUUGAGGACUUCGUCAACGAGCCGUCAAUUCGACACGAUGAGGUUCCAGAAAGUGAAAGUGACAGCGAUAACGAGGGUAAAGAGGAUGAGAGAGUUUCGAAACAGAGGUCGACGAACUAUGCGAAGCGUGGUAAUGGAACACUGUACAAAGACCAGAGAUUCUUCAAUGGAGUAGCUUUUAAGGAAUGUGUCCUUGAUUAUGCACUAAAAUCAGGCAGAAACAUUAAACAGUAUAGGUACGAUAAAGACAAGAUUGGAUUUAAAUGUGUUGGUGGAGUUAGUGAAGGUGAAGCUUGUGAAUGGAAAGUGUAUGCAUCCAUCCUACCAAGUGACAAUAUAUGGAAAGCUAGGCUGUUUGUAGAUAAGCAUAGCUGUGUUCCCAAUGGAUCUUGUGAGAUGUUGAAGGUUCCACAUAUUGCUAGGUUGUUCGUCGAUAGCAUUAGAGAGGAACCAGAGUAUUAUAUGCCCAUGAAAAUAGAAGAAAAAAUUAAGGAGAAGUGGGGACUCACAGUGUCAAGACCGCAGUGUCAGGUAGCUAGGAGUAAGGCGUUGAAGUGGAUCGAAUUUGAAUAUGAUCACCAGUUUGCAAGGCUCCGUGACUAUGCGGCAGAGCUUAUUCAGUCAAAUAGUGACUCGACAGUGGAGAUUGAUACAUUGAAAAAUGACAAAGGUGAAGAAGAGUUUAACCGGUUUUAUGUUUGUUUUAAUAAAAUCAAACAAACCUGGAAAGAGACAUGUAGACCACUGAUAGGGAUGGAUGGUUGCUUCUUGAAACACAAAGUCAAGGGUCAGUUUUUGGUUGCAUUAGGAAGAGAUGCAGAUAAUGCUAUAUAUCCGAUAGCUUGGGGUGUUGUCCAAGUCGAAAAUAAUGACAACUGGUUAUGGUUUGUGAGUAAAGUGAGAGACGACUUGGGACUCAAGGAUGGCAGUGAUUUUAUCUUGGUUUCAGAUCGGCAAAAGGGAUUGAUACACGGUGUCUCAUUGGCGCUACCAAAGAUUGAGCAUAGAAUGUGUGUCAGACAUAUCUAUGGUAAUCUGAAGAAGAAACAUGGGAGUAAAUCAGACAUGAAGCCAUAUAUAUGGAGUUUAGCAUGGAGCUACAAUGAAGCAGAGUUCCAACAAAAUUUGGACAGAAUAUUUAAUUAUGAUUCUGAAGUGUAUGAUGAUGUUCAGAAGAUGAAGCCAAGGACUUGGUGUAGAGCUUUUUACAAGAUAGGGAGUUGCUGUGAAGAUGUUGAAAACAACUCAACUGAAUCUUUCAAUAGCACUAUAACAAAAGCUAGAGAGAAGCCAUUUGUCCCAAUGCUUGAGACUGUUAGGCGACUUGCAAUGGCACGCAUUGCUAAACGUUCUGAUAUCUCUCGUGGUCACAAAGGUAUUUGUACACCAUAUGUUGUAGAUUUUCUCGCAGCCGAGCAUAAAGAUGCUUCAAAAUGCAUCGUGACAAGAAGCACAAAUGGGAUGUAUGAAGUAAAGCUUGGCUGGUGUACUUACCGUGUAAGUUUGGAGAGGAGAACUUGCACUUGCAAGAAAUUCGAGAUUUGUGGAAUCCCCUGCGAGCAUGCAUAUGGCGUGAUGUUACAGAAGAAACUCGCACCAGAAAACUUCGUCUGCCAUUGGUUUCGUACUGCUAUGUGGAGGAGGAACUAUGCUGAAGGUCUUGUUCCAGUGAGAGGUGCUCCUUUUUGGCCUUGUACGAGUGCUCCUGAUGUUCACAUUCCUCCUGAUCCAAAACAACCUGGGAAGAAGAAAAUUACCAAAGCAGAGAAAAAAAGAAAGAAAGGAGUUAAUGAAUCCCCAACAAAGAAGCAACCUAAGCACAAAAAACGUAUAAUGCAUUGCGGAAUAUGCGGAAUGGCUGACCACAACUCAAGGUUUCACGCAAAGAACAAGGUUUGUUAUAUUCUUCUUCGACUAAUGUGUGUAUCAAGGAUAGGGUUCACUUAUCUUUCUCCAUUUUGUGUUUUGUCAGGCUGCUCAAGGUGGUUCUCAAGCUCCUCCUCCAGCAGUUUCUCAUAUUUCUUCUCCAGCUGCUUCUCAAACUGCCUCACCAACUACUUCUCAAGGUGGAUGUCAUGUAAUUCUUGGAUAUGAAGAUAUGUGUUGAUUAGUGCUUUGGUCUUUAUCUUAUCUAGGAUGUUGUCUAAACAUUAUCUCGGGGUUUGUGGAUUUUAGUGGGGUUGCACUUUUUAUGUAGAAAGCAUCCAACUCUUUUGUGAAAACCAAUAUCUUUUGUCUUUUUUUUUUAUGUGGAAAGCACAUGGAUUAUUUGUUUAUGUUUGUUUGCUUGUGCAAGCCGUUGUUCCAGACUGAAAAUAACCAUGUAAUUCAAUAAUACUAAACAAGAAAAACACAUUCAUAACUUGAAAUAGUCCUAAACACGUACAAUACAAAACAAACACAAUCAUUGUCUACAAGAAUACAAACAGAACACAUGAAAAAAACAAACACAGCCAGUUGCAUAACACUUCAGUUUCUCAUCAGACACAUAACUCCCAUCAUACCAACCAAGGUCAAGCUUCCAAUCACAACCACGAUCAUUGUAUUCUUCAUCUUUGCACUUGCUUCAGCCAAUGCAUCUUCAACCCUCGCCAUUAUCUCUGUUUCAGUCCUCUCAAAGACACUCUUUGAUGCCAUCUCAUUAAUCACUUCUUCAAGUCUUGCAUUUUUAAGUAAAAGUGUAUCAACCUCGUUCAAUAAAGCCUCAUCCACCCACUUAAAGAUAUGAUUAUCGUUUUGAAGCUACAAAUUAAAAACAAUCACAACACUGAUAAUCAAAAAGAAAAAUCCUAAGCACUAUCUGAAACAAUCACAUUACCUUAUUCUCUGCUGCAAAUGAACAUCGCAAGUAUCUCCGGUAUGGAUUUUGGUCGGACUUGGAUGUCAACGUCACCAUUAGCUCACCACACCAACAUUUCUUAGGAACACCGAAAAAUCUUCCACCACCUCUUGAGGGUCGACGACCAGAUGAUGAUCCCCUCGAAUCUCCAGACGUGUUGCUCUGACCUCCAGCCAUCACCUUCGCAAAGAUUAAAAUCGAUUUCAAAAGUUAGGGUUCUUAGUGAUUUUUGCGAUUUGGGGGUUUUUACAGACAGGGUUUUCACGUUUUAAUGGGUCGGGUUUUGGUCUGGUUAAUUGACUGUAUUUUGGUUUAUUUCGGCUCUGGUUUACAUCAUAGAUCGAGAACCGAUAGUAAACCGUCUAAUUCGAUGAUUGGGGAGAAAUAAGUUUCGAACUAUAUAUUCGAGGGGAAAUAGGACUGGAACUUUAUUCUCGGGGACAAAUAGAUAGAGGUAAUAGUUUCAGAGACAUAUAGCACUAUACAAUAGUUCUCGUGGGGAAAUAGGUGGUCGACCCUCUUCCAACACAUGAACUUAAUGCUUUCCAUAUAUAUUUAUAUUUUCCUCCCUAAAAGAGUAUACAAAUAGCCAAAAUAAUUACAAUUAUAAUGGAAGAAUUUAAAAUGUCAAUUUUUUUUAUGAAAAACUUCUUCUAGAAUUACUCUUUCAACUAUUGGACAUUGCUUCUCUCUUUUGAUGGGAUGGCUCAGACUUAAGAUCUUGUUUCAUAUAGAAUCUUUUCAUCGUUAGUAUGAUAUUUACAAUGAGCAAAAUGUACAUAUCAAAAAAUUGUCUUUUGCGAAAAAAAUACUAGUCCUACAAAAAUGCAUCUUCACUGAAAGCCUUUGUAAUCUAACUAACCUCCAUAAAAAUUAGUAGAAACAUCUUUUCGUUAGUUAUAUGCAUUGUCUUUUUCCACGAGUGGUAGUUUAAUUACGAAUUGAAGCCCACCGUUGAUUUUUAAUCUGGUUGAACCGGCAGAGUAACAUGUUUAGCUACCUUUAGGGAACAUAUUAUUAUGAAUUUUGUAAUCUAAACUAACUUCGAAGGCUAUGCAAUAUCAUAUCAAUAACAAAGUGAUUUUUAUGAUUUUAUAAUAUACCUCUUUUGUUUCAAAUUAAAUAGUGUCCUAGAGUAAACCUUUUGUUACAAAAAUAAGAGUAUUGUUUUAUAAUUUGAAUGCAAUUUUUGUUAUUAAUCCUUUUUCUUAAUUAAAUGAAGAAAAACAGUAAAUGAUUUUCAGUUAUAAGAAAACAAUAAAUGAUUUAGAACUUCAAGUAAAAAAAAAGAAAAA